CCUUGCUAUACUUGGCUUUUCCAAGUUCUAAAAAUAUAACGUUCAAAACGUUCGCAGCCCGCCCCGCCCCCCACGCUAACGCUCCACACCAAACCCUUAUAGUGCCGCCCGCGCGUCAUCGCAACACCAUCGCCCUCCCACGAAAAAUCCUUCCCUCGCCCCCUCCCUCCACGACACACCAAGAAAAAGCCACUCAACCCGCUUCACCCAUCCCAUCCAUAUCGCAAAACAAUUGCGCAUCGCACGGUUGCUUGGUAAACGAAGACAACGUUGCCGACGAAUCCUUCCAUAAAACGUCGGGCCCCAGCGACUACUACAGCGCCAGCCACAGAUAAGGGGUCGCCCAAGGGGCAUAUCUAGCUCCUCGAGCACAGAUCCACGCCACGCCAUCUACUCUACUCGCAGCGCAGAGCGCAGCGGCAGCAGAGAGAGCAGCGCGACCAAACGCACCGCGCUCUACUCUACAAAACACCCCGCACGCGCAAUCUGCUGGGUCUCCUCCGCCUACCACGCACCACACUCGAAAUAAACAUGCAUCACUCCUCACCCCUCGCCCUCUUCCUCGCCCUCCUCUUCUCCAUCCUCCUCCCCCCUACCCCUGUCUCCUCCCAAGCCGUCGCUGCAGGCGGCCCCGUGCCCCCAGCCCCAACGCAAUACCCCGUCGUGUUAACGGUGCCGAAGCUGCAGGUUGCGGCCGGGGUGACGCAGAUAGUGCAGGUGCCGUUUACGCAGACGUUUGCGCAGGGGGCGUUGGAGACGUGGGCGUGGGGGGCGGUUAAGAAGGGGACGGUGGGGAUGGGGUCGAUAGAGGGGGAGGUGGGGAAAGUGAAGGGGGGUUAGAGGGAAAGGAAGAGGGAAAGGAAGUAGGCGGGGUGUGUAUGCGAUAGGUUGGAUUGGGGUUAUAUAAAGGAGGUGGUUUGGAUGUGUACAUGAUAACGAUGGCAUAGACGAUGGGCGGGUUUGCAUAUAUACACAAGCGCCACUAGCUGCGGUGUGGCGGAGGAGGGAUGUCACAUUUUUAUAUUAGAUAUUUAUUGUACGAUUACAAUAUUGAAACGGCCAGAUACAUGGAGCGAUCAGCUAGGGUAUUUUGGAUACCCGAGCGAAGUGAAGGAUAGGCCAUUGAAUAGAAAUAUAAAUAUAAAUAUAAUAGUAUAAAUAAAUAAAACGUAAUUAGAACACCAAAAAAUAAACCACGG